CUAUGAAGUUGUUCCGACUUUUGCUGUUGUAUUACAUAAUGACACAUUUUUUUCUUCAUAGUGUAUUUUAGAAAUUUGUUUUGGCCUGUCUGUUACAAUAUCACUGACUCUUUGACUUUUUGAAGAGUCAAUACUGAAAACAAUGUGGGUCCAGUUUGACCGUAGGUGUGUUGAUGCAGCAACAUAUCACAACACCAUGACCUCUGAUAUAAGAGGAUGCUCUCAGUACGCCAAAAGAAAAAUAACAAAAUAAAAUCAAAACAAAAGUUUUCAAUCAAAUGUUGUCAGAUGUUAUUCAUCUUUUCAGUUUUUACUGGUAUUGUGUAGAAUGUGAGUGUAGAAUAUCUUGAUUUUCUGAUACUAUUAUAUCGUGAUCCACGUAUCAUAAUGCGUAUCGUAUCUUAAGGAUCUUGUCAAUGCUUGCCCCUAGUGUCGACACUAUGAAACCAUCAAAUAUGGCAAAAUGAACAACAAUCCAUUCUUGCCUCCUCCCCCUGCUGAAAAUGUGUGUGAUUCAAUACAAAUAGUAUAAUGUUCUGUCCAUCAUGUUCCCUUCGCCAGUUCAUUCAAACCCAGAGCUCUUCCUGGGGAUCCCUCUGGCGUCGUGCAGUACAAACCGUAGCUUGGUCGGACCUCAUUUCUGACUUUAUCCAGUUCAGCUCUGUGUGGAAUUAUAGCCUUCAUUUGUGGCCCGCUGGGUCCCUGUUAGGAAACCACCCUCUGGAGGAACUGAGAGGUCACUUCAGGCAAUUAAAUAUUAAAACAGUUCAUCUGAGAUGGAUCCUCUGAGAGGAAAUCUGUGUCAGUGGUUGAUGAGGUACUGCCAUUUUAAGUGGAAAACACAGGAUAGUUUGGAUCCCUGGCAAAUCAAAUGCUCUAGAAGUAUUUUAAUAAAAUGGAUAGUGUUGGAAAGCACCGAACUGUGGAUCUGCUGUGGCCCUGCAUAGAGAAAUGGAUUUCUCUUUGACCAAUCAGUCACAUGCCGAGUAACUGUAUUGAUCGAUAGGAGUGACACACAACCGACUGACACAAAAACCACGCACUGUGCUAAUCUGAGCUGUUGCUGUCCUCUGAGAACUUGUGAAUUUACAGAUCCAGGUAGUUUAACUAGUCUGUGCUGAAGUGAAGAAUGGUGCCUCUCUCUCUGUGUCAAAGCCAUGUUUCCAUUAUCAGUAAUAUACAGUAUGUGCACCUCUUCAGUUGCCAAAACAGGCACUGAACUGUUGCUACUGUUUGUACGGCACUAUCCGUGCUUUUUCAGACCUCUGUUCUCACAUUCUGCUGUGUUUAAUGCAAAUAACUUAGACUAGGAAGAAGAGGUUUUGGAGGUCAUCAGUCCUUGAAAAAGUAGUGUUUAACAGCUCUGUGUGUUUCAUUGCAGAUGUUUCAUGGUUCAACGAAGGGAAACGUGGCGUUGUCUGAUUUAGAUUUUUAUCCUCAUUCUUUGCUAUAUUUUUAAUUCUUUAAAGAUAGUAACAUUUGACGGAGUCUAUAUUUUACUCAUCACACUUGCUGCCAUUCAAACCAAGAGUGCUCUCGCCCACCAUUGUGUGUGUGUAUGUGUGUGUGUGUCCUGAUGGGGCGAGUUGUCAAUGCUACUGAUCAGUUUCCUGAGGGGUUGUGCGGCUCAAUUGCGAUGAAGGGCGUUGUGUCCUGUUGAGGGAGCGUAUAUAAGUACCCGGUCGUGUUCUCUGCCUCCUGUCGUCUGCUACUGUGGGCAUGUGGAGGAGUCCGCGCUCUGAGAGGAAGACAAGCUUUUACACUCUGAUCCAGGGUACCACAGAGUGCAGCAUAGCUCCAGUGGCAAUGGAAGACAGCGACCAUGAGGUCCACUCUUCAUCAGAGGAGCAGGACUCCUGUCCUCCUACCCCUCCUCCUCCUCUACACAGAGGCCAUAGUACGGAGCAGCUCUCGAGCCACUCAGACGACUCAGAGGUGGAGAACAUAAUGCAAGACCCUCACCACGGAGGGCACCACCACCACCAGCUCACGCUGCACCACCAGCAUCACCCCGACGCUCAGGCAGCAGACAGGGAGGCAGAGAGUGAAGGGCCACCCCACACUCCUUCACAUUUGAGACCCCCUGUUGCAGGGAGCGCUCUGUCCGAUUCAGGUUCGGACAUCAGUUUGCCGCAGAGCAGGAGUGUGGAGUUUGAUUUGUCCUCCAUCGGGUCGUCCAGACCAAAAAGCCCUUGGGGCAGGUUUGACCCUUACGACAACAAUGAGGACCAGGACAAGGAAUACGUGGGUUUUGCGACUCUGCCAAACCAAGUUCACCGCAAAUCUGUCAAGAAAGGAUUCGACUUCACCCUGAUGGUGGCAGGUGAGUCCGGCUUGGGAAAGUCUACCCUGGUCAACAGUCUCUUCCUCACGGACCUCUACAAGGAUCGCAAGCUACUCAAUGCCGAAGAGCGAAUCACACAGACCGUCGAAAUCACCAAGCACACUGUGGAUAUUGAAGAAAAGGGAGUCAAGCUGAAGCUCACGAUCGUGGACACGCCAGGCUUUGGGGACGCCGUCAACAACACUGAGUGCUGGAAGUCCGUAGCCGACUACAUCGACCAGCAGUUCGAGCAGUACUUCAGAGAUGAGAGCGGACUGAAUCGGAAGAACAUCCAGGACAACCGCGUCCACUGCUGCCUCUAUUUCAUCUCGCCCUUCGGACACGGGCUCCGGCCUCUGGAUGUGGAGUUCAUGAAAGCCCUGCACGAGAAGGUCAACAUCGUCCCGGUCCUGGCCAAAGCCGACACCCUGACGCCCAGUGAGGUCAAGAAAAAGAAAAUCAAGAUCAGAGAGGAGAUCGAGCAGUACGGCAUCAAGAUCUAUCAGUUUCCCGACUGUGAUUCAGAUGAGGAUGAGGACUUUAAGCAGCAGGACCACGAGCUGAAGGAGAGUAUUCCAUUUGCAGUCAUCGGCAGUAACACGGUGGUGGAGGCCAAGGGAAAGAGGGUGCGAGGGCGACUGUACCCCUGGGGGAUCGUGGAAGUUGAAAACUCGGCGCACUGUGACUUCGUGAAGUUGAGGAACAUGCUGGUUCGCACUCACAUGCAGGACCUGAAGGAUGUGACCCGCGAGACUCACUACGAGAACUACAGAGCCCAGUGUAUCCAGAGCAUGACCCGCAUGGUGGUCAAGGAACGCAACCGCAACAAACUGACCCGCGAAAGUGGCACUGACUUCCCCAUCCCGGCCGUCGCCGACGUGAAGGACAGCGAGACAGAGAAGCUGAUCCGAGAGAAAGACGAGGAGCUGCGGCGGAUGCAGGAAAUGCUGCAGAGGAUGCAGGACCACAUGGACAGCCAGAAAGACUCUUUUUAACACACGACCCCCGACUCACUGGGACGACUUCACAAGAAAAGGGCCGGAGACGGAGCAAAUGUCUUCGACUUCUGCUGCGAGUCGGUUCGCACUCGCGGUUUCUCAGAACACUUUGAAAAGAAGGUUGCGGGUUCUAUCACGGAUCACAUGGUCUCUUGACUUCACCACGUGCUCGGUGGGGGCGUCACAUGAGUUUACAUUGAAAUGUUUUUGUUAAAACUGACAAGUUAUUUUUACACUCUGGAACUAAUGAACAAAUAUAUUGAAAGUUUCUAUUUCACACUCAUGUUUUUAUGUUCUGGGGUGUGUGUGUGUGUGCAUGCGUUUGGAUGAAGGAAGUGUGUGACGUCUUCUGUGGGUUGCACCCGUUAUGCUUAUUUUUCUUACUUUCAGAAUCUAGUUUUCAUCUGUUAGCGCCGCAUUUUUGAGAAUUAAUCUCCGGGUGUUGUAUCACAUCAAACUUGGUUUAGGACGAGGAACAAUGCAGAUUAUAGUGUGUCCCAUCAGCUAAACAGAGCAGGAAUUACAGAGGGUUUUGUUCAGCCCUGUCAAGAAUAACAUUGUGACUUAUUUUUUAAUGAGCUUUUUUUUUCUUUUUUACAUUCCUAAAAUGUCUGUUGGUCACACCGAUCUUAAUAAUGUCUUUAUUUGAGUUGUAUAUUACAAUUGUUUUAUUCAUGGAAUAUAUUUAUGUAAUAUUUUUGUUAAUACAAACCCAGAAUGAGAAAAUGAUGACGUGUAUAAAUUCUAAUAUUGUAAUAAAAUAUUAUGCCUCCACAAGACACAUUUGACUUCA